AUGUACAAGCAGUACUGCGCGUACAUGGGGUACCGGGCCGUGGCGCUCAAGUACGAAAUGGCCGACGGCGCCGGCAGCGCGUCGACGUCGGCGGGCGAGGAGCCGCUGCAGGAGGCCGUGCUCGAGAUCAAGGACGCCGGCGCCUACGGACUCUUCCGCGGCGAGGCGGGCAUGCACCGCGUGCAGCGCGUGCCGGACACGGAGAAGAGCGGGCGCACGCACACGAGCGCCGUCGCCGUCUGGGUGCUGCCGUCGUUCCCCGACAGCCACGAGGCCGCGGGGGGCGGCGGCGGCGGCGACAUGAACGUCGACGACCCGGCGAGCGACUUUUACCUCGACCCGGCCGAGCUCCGCAUCGAGACGAUGCGCGCGCGCGGCGCCGGCGGCCAGCACGUCAACAAGACCGAGUCGGCCAUCCGCAUGACGCACCUGCCGACGGGCACCGUCGUCAGCAUGCAGGACAGCCGCCAGCAGUCGCGCAACCGCGAGGACGCCUGGAAGCUGAUGCGCUCGCGCGUCGCCCUGCUGCGCCGCGAGGCCCGCGAGGAGCAGGCCGCCCGCCUGCGCGACAACGACGUUGUUGAAGUUGAGGUUGCGGGACUCGGUGCGCAUCCAGCCCUCGCGCAUGUCGACGACGCUCGUCUCGAGGAUGUAGCUGGCCUUGUCGGUGCUCGAGCCGCCGCCGGUGAUGGAGGUGGGCAGGAGCUUGAAGAUGGGGGCCGGCAGACGGGACUUUUUGAGGUGGAUGCGGGUCGUGUGUAA